AUGGACUGCACCGGGACACCCGAUCAAACCUCACACACUAAACACGACAGCGAACAUCGUAACGAGAGGGAGAGGGCCAGGAGCAAAGAGCCAGCCAAAGGGCCGAAAGCCAACAAAGAACAAGGCAAGGCGACCAGCAGGAAGUUGACUAGUCACUUUAUCCCUGCACCCCUCCGGCCUCUCUGGUGGGGCAGACGGGACCCUCAUCUUGCACCGACGGGGCAGACAGCGGGACAGCACGAAGGGGAGAGAGCUGAGGUUAAAAUCAAAGGCUGGCCUGGGGAUUAG